UUCCACACGUUCGGCCCUUUUCCACUUGCAUACAACAAAUUAAACCCCCUUCCUUUCUGAUCCUUACAAAGACAGUCAACCUAAUUUUAUCACUCCAACCAGAACAAACUUAUUUUCUAGCAGGCUGAUCUUCAGCAUCACCAUAUAUUUUCUACUUCCUAGGUAACCAUGGAAGGUCCUCCAACUUAUUUUCAUGGUAAUAGCACAGACAGGAUCAAAGUUGGAACAAAUAAUCAACCUUUGGAAACUACGAAUAAAAACAUUUUUGAGGGUGGUAGUAGGUCUUCUGGCUACGAGAGCAAGGUGAAGUCAGGCAAGAAAAGAGACAAGGAGGGUAGAAUGCACCGGUAUGCGUUCCAAACUAGGAGCCAGGUUGAUAUACUUGAUGAUGGGUACCGUUGGAGGAAAUAUGGGCAAAAGGCAGUAAAGAACAGUAAAUUCCCGAGUUACUAUAGGUGUACGCAUAAAGGGUGCAAUGUUAAAAAGCAAAUUCAACGCCUUUCAAAAGAUGAAGAGAUUGUGGUAACGACCUAUGAAGGAAUUCACAUGCAUCCAUUGGAGAAUAAUGCGGCUGAUAGCUUCGAGCAGAUCUUUAGACAGAUACAGACAUAUGCUCCCCCAUGAAGUAUAUACUGUCAUUUCAUAAGCCAUUGCAGCGUGUACUGAUGUGAUCAAUUAUAUGCACAGAAGGACAUAUGAGAUGAAAGAAUGCAGGAAAACCAUCUUAUAAUUUGUACACGACUUAUCCUCUAUAGGAAACUGAAAGCAAAGUUCAUCUCUUUUGCA